UGUCAAUUUCAGCGGGAAAUGCUAUCAAAAUUAUUAAUGUGACAAAUUUACUACAAAGCUACGUAGUUCAUGAUGGGUGAUGAGAGUUAUCACGAUUUAAUUAACAAUGUGCCGAAAGAUUUCUUCAAAAAUGUUAUUUAUUAUAUUGUUGGAGACAUUUCCGACAAUAUAAUGAAGCUGCUGAAUGCGGGAGGUGCGAAGAGGGACACGUAUCUGAGCGAGAUGGUCAGUCACGUGAUAGCCGACACUACAGACCAUGAUGAAUAUUCUGAAGCUAAAGAACUUUUUGAAUUGCCUGUGGUUCGAAGUGAGUGGGUGACCUUGUCAGUCCAGUGUAAACAGUUAUUGCCAAAGGAACGUUUUGCAUUGGAAGGAUUGCUGUUUUCUGGAAUUGUUGUAUGUGCAAGCCAGCUGGACGAAAGCGAUGCUAAAGCUGUUUGGGGCAUGGUGGUGUAUCAUGGUGGACAUUGUCAACAUAAGCUGGAUAAAAAAGUCACUCAUUUGAUUACACCAUUCACAACUUCGCGAAAGUAUGAAGAGGCCAAAAAUCACGAGAGCAUAAAAAUAGUCUGUCCAGACUGGGUCAUGGAAAGUGUUUCCAAGAACACGCUUCAAGACGAGCUCGUGUAUCACCCGCAUCUGGUCAUGUAUAAACCUGACACGCCUCCAGCCCCGCCCACCCCAGAACCAGAACCAGAGCCAGACAUACCCCAGCAGUUGCAGAGGUCGCUAGCGAUUAGCCCAGGCCCUGGCCAACAGAUGGCGCAGCAGAUCGUCACGGGCCUGAGGCGCAAGUCGUCGUCGGAAGAUUCUCCGCGGAACGGCAGCCGGCCUGGCACACCCAGCUCGAGUGCGAAGGAAGCUCUGGCUCGUAUGGUCAGCAGUCGGCUGCAGGCGAGUGGGAAGGUCGUUGACAGUCCGGACCCUCGACUGACGCCUCCGGCCAUGGUUUUCCCCCACGGGUCACCAAGAACGGCCACGCCCCACGCUCACCCACAGGAACUGCUGCAGCCCGUGAACAGAACGCUGAAGAACAUCACAAACAAUGUGGAGCCACCUCGACCAGCUGUGGCCAGGAUUCAACAGAAGCUGGGAAUGCCACCUGUUCGUCAUGGUCAUCCGUUGCCUGGUUACCCACACCAGCCACUCCAGGGUCUUCCAGUUCACACUCCACAGAGUAUUCCACAGUACUGGGGCCACGACCCUUCUGACAGUGUUCCACCUGACAUGUGUCUUCUUGGCUGUGUGUUCUUUGUGACCGAUUACCAGAAGAUUCUCGGGCAAGAAGAAAUAGACACCUGGAAACAGGUUAUCGAGCAGCAUGGUGGACAGGUGGAUGUAUCGUAUUCCAGCCGGGUCACUCACAUCCUGUGUGCCAACCAGCAGAGUGAUGUCUUUGUUGUCGCUCUGAAGGAUCAGCGGCGUCUGGUGACGGCGUUCUGGCUCAACGAUGUUCUGCUGGAGAAAAGGAUGAUUCCUCCCUGGCAGGCACUGCACCUUCCACUUGUGUUUUGGGACCAAAAACCGUGCAGCAACCAGGUGAUGUCUAUAACAAAUUUUGAUGGUGAAGAAAGGAAGAGAAUUAAGCAGAUGAUUAACUCUAUUGGUGCCAAGUAUACAGGAUAUAUGACCCACACCAACUCCGUCCUCGUAGCCAAGAAACCCGAAGGCUCCAAGUACACCAAAGCUAAGGAAUGGCGUAUCCCAGUGGUGAAUGUGUCAUGGCUGUCUGACCUUGUCGUAGGACACCUGGACGCGCUAAGAUUACCAAUCCACACACGCUAUUUACAGCACAGCCAGGGGAAAGAUUUCCUCCUCGAUUUGUCCCGAGUCCCACAUCUUAUGAUUGGCUGGAAAAGCCCUUUGAAAAUUUCAAAAGAAGCAUGGAAGCGUUUUAUACCUCGACCUAAGCCAGUCCCAGAACCUGACAAAGAGAAUGGAUCUCACAAACGUACACUUUCAGAAAAUGGCAAAGAAGAACCAAACAGCAAGCGAUCAAGACUGAACACUGAAGGUGACGAUGGAUCCAAGCCCAGAGUUUUGUUCACUGGUUUUCCAUAUUCAGUGAGCAAGAAACUCACAGCGAUUGUGGAAGAUCUGGGAGGACUAGUGGUUACCAACCCUAAAGAAUGUACACAUCUCGUGACCCAGGUCAUCGCUCGCACCAUGAAGUUCUUCGUUGCCAUCAACGUCUGCAAAUUCAUUGUCACAAAGACGUGGCUGGAAGAAAGUCUUCUGCAGCACAGGUUUUUAGAUGAAGAAAAAUAUUUCCUGAAUGAUGAAAAGGGUGAAACUGAACUUGGAUGCCGACUUUCUGAGUCUGUACGGAAGGCAAGAUCCAAUCCUCUGUUCAAGGGUCUGACGUUCCACAUCACUCCAGGAGUUAUCCCCCCUGUAGUGGAUAUCCGAAACAUCGUGGAAUCUGCAGGGGGACAAGUGGUCCAGCGCAGACCGUCUGCUAAAACAAUUGCUGCUCAAGUAGAUGAUAAGGGUCAUCCUACUUUCAUCAUCAUAACGUGUGUGAAAGACGUCUUUCUGUGCAGAGACUUAGUGGCUAAAAGAAUAGCUGUGUACAAUCCAGAGUUUGUGUUGACUGGAGUCAUAAGACAGGAAGUGGACUUUGAACUGUUCAGACUGGAUAUUCCUACGUCCUAGCACGUCGGGUUUCUCUUUCGAGUGAUCUGCUUUUAGGACACAGUGCUGUACAUAACUACUUUGUACAUACAUGUACUUAACACAGGAAUUUAGACAAACGUGUAGAGUCAGUGUGUUGUGCUAGAUUUUUAUGAAAAUUUCUGUGAUCUCAAAAAUUUAGGUUUCUGUUCCAACUGUAACAUGGGCCCCAACGAAAACAAGCUAAUAAAACCCUCAACAAAAGUAGAGGAUACUGAACGAGUGCCUGGAAAAAGACUGCUUAUAUUAGAAUAUUAUGAGUGUGUUUUCAAUCGUAUAUCGCAAUCAAAAGCAAGUGAUGUGCAGUGGAAAACACACGUAAUAUAAAUGGUCUCUUAUAGGAACGAGUAUAGUAUACUAUUUAUUACCAUGCCCUACAUUAUUUAUAUAUGAAUGGUGAUGCAAUUUCUUUUGCUAGACAGUCAUGGUAAGACGCAAAGCUAACACUAAGAAAGAAGAUAUUACUGUACCCAGGAAUGUUAUUACACUGAUCUCUCACCACAGUGGAAUAAUCUGUAAUAUUAUCCACAUGGUUCAAGAUAUUCAGGGAAAUAUAACCAGUAUGACCCAUAUGUGUCACAAUGAUUUCAUGUGCACAUCGAAUGACGUCAUUUCAGAAAAUGACAUCGUUUCGUCAACUCUAAAACGUUUUAAACAUUUUGACAUGGUCCUAGCUUGUUAUUCAUAAAAUAAUAUUUUGGAUAAUGUGGAUAAUAAAGAAAUUAUUACACUCGCGUGUGAAUCGUACUGAUUUUACGAAACUCUUGUCAGGAUUCAUGCAUUACCCUCGCUUUUGCUCACGUAAUACAAUAAUCCUGACACUGGUUUCAUAAAAUCAGUACGACGACACACAAGCUCGUAUAAUAAUCUCUAUAUAUUUCAAACUGAACAACUUCAGUUCGUUUUGUUAACAGAUUUUCAUUGUCUUUUUUGAAAGAUUAAAACAUCUGUUGAAAGUAUUAUAGUUCUGGUUGAAAUUUCCUAUUUUAUUUACAAACCAUUAUAUGCUUAUGCUUAUGAUCAGUCGAGUUGUUUUAAAUGCAUUUCAAACUUUCAUCCAGUUCGUAUGGCUUUUCCAUGACAUUAAAGUCUCAGACUGUUAAUAUAUUGAGUCAUGCCUAUAUUUGAUAUUUUUAAAAUUAAGUUUCAGCGAAACAUACUUGUAAAAUAACAAAAUACAGGGCUUUUUGGAUGGGCAGAAAAUUUCGCCAAACUAUAUAUUAAACUUCUAAAAUGCUAGAAACCCAUUUUUUGGGUGCAAAAAAGAUUAAUUAUUAUAUGAAAUUAUUUUGCCAAAUUCAAAUUUACUUCACCAGGUUUUUUUUCUCAAAUUCACAGUUGGUGAAUUUUGCAAGUUCCAGGCCCUGCUAAAUACCAUGAAGUUCAUUCAUAUUUGUCAAUUUAAAUACAAUGCAGUGCUUGUAGGUACAUCUAGGACUGUUUUCUACCUUUUAUAUUGUCUUAAAUCACCGAACAUUUCUCCAAACAGGUUAACUUUAGUGAAAACACUAAAUAUCAGAGGAAGUGUCGUCAAAGCUCAGGGAAUUUUAUUUCACACUUUUGUGAACUGUAUUAUCACCUUAAAGAAUGUGCAGCUAUUAAUAAGCAAGUAUCAGAAUAAUUGUUGUUAGUAAUGUUACAAAAUGUGCACAGCUCUUGUGACGGCUGUACCACUGAACUUGCUAUAAAUGGCAGCUUGUAUCACCAUUACCUGUCAAUAUAGGUCAACAAAGGAUUGAUCAUUAUUAUAAGGGGACAGGGGAAACAAUUUUCCAAUAUACCUGGACUACAGGUUUGUAAUUUACUUUAUUAUAAAUAUUUCUACAAGCCAUUCCUAGUGACCUACAUUUGUUUCCAGACACUUGGAUUUAGUUAAACCCUGGCCAAUAGACUGCACUAGCAUGUGUAUCCAAUUAUUUAUUUGGUUAAAGCUGUUUCCUAACCGGCUGCGUGCAACAUGAGUGAUUUUUUUAGAAACCAUUGAUUUCAAUUGCUGCAUCCUAAUGACGUGUACAGCGCGACAGAUUGAUGUAGUCGAGUGUGCGACACAAUGUUGUUGGGGUUUUUGUCGCGCGACAUGAGCGACAAACAUAUUAACUAAUCAAACAACUUUUACUUGGCGGUUUGAACUGUUGAUAAUAAUUUUAAAAAGAAAAAAAUGUUAUGGUCGCGUCUGGUCAGGAUAUAAAUAUUAUCACGUCGCUUGUAUCGCACACGUCCAGUUAGGAUACAGCUUAAUGUUUGUGUCACUCACCUGCUCCCCACCCCCUUCAUAUAUUGAUCCUAUAAGCCUUCAGGGCUAGUAAAAUGAGAGAAAAAGGGAUGGUCAAUCGACAGUUAAGGGAAACAAAAAAAAUAUUGGUUGCAAUUUGGUGGGGUUUUUUUUUUUUUUUUUUUUUUUAAACUCUGUUGCCAGUUCCAGUUUGUCUUAAACAAAAUGGAGAAAAAAAAUCUCACCAAACUACCAAUUUCAGAAUAUGCUUUUCAGUGAAUUUAUUGUGUAAUGUAUUCAUCAAAUUCAAGUUCGGUUUUAACAGUGACUGUUUUAAACGUUUUGAAUGUAUCAAUAACAAUAUGUGCAAUGGUGCUCCAUGUUCUGUAUACUUUUGUGUUCAUAUAGUUUGUUCAUUAACAUUUUUUUACAUUUCAUUGUUUCUAUGUCAUUUCUACAAGAGUGCUUCAUAAAAAAAAAAUUGUAUUUAUAUUUUAUACAAAUGUUGCUUCCUAUAUGUGGAGCGUUAGUUGUUGUUUGUUUUUAGUCUGUAUUACAAUUUGAUAUGAUUACUUUCAGUAUAUGUCUCUACCCGUUUGUGUGGAUCUUGUAAAGCCAUUAUUUCUGUUUAUACUGUAAUACUCAUGUUAUUCAUUUCACUGGAAGACAGGUUCACACCCAGUUGACCUAUGAGAGCAGAAACACGACUUAUGUUACUUAAAACAAGAUGAAUAUUUCUAACACCAUUUACGGGUUACGCAAAAGGAAAUGGGUUACCUAGAUUUAUUUCUGCGUAACCGAUAAAUGGGUCAAGCAAAUUUUCAAUUCUCAGAGGCCUGACGUACAUUAUAGAUGCUACUGGGGAUAAUUGGUCUGAUAGUGAUUGUUAGUUUGUUUGCUAGAAAUGCAUUUGGAUCAUUUAAAAGUAAGUAAAAAAAACCCCACAUAUUUUAGGGGGAUAUUGGUAAAAUGACAGUUAUGAUAAGUUAAAGAAUACACCAGCUUAUAUUUUUUUCACUUCAUAUAAAUUUGUGAACAUUGUUUUCGUUUUUAACAGCAGCCAUGAAAUAAUUAUAUAAACUGAUUUAUAAAUGGCAGGCAUACCCAGAUAGAUAUUUUGUUACGUUUUGUAAGGUUUUUUUUUAAUUCUUAAGAUGUUAAAUGUAAGGAUUUACUAAUGAAUCACUGGAAAAAAUGGAAAAUUAAAUACAUUGUCAGCCUUUUAAUAUCAAUAUAAUCAUGAAGCAAAAUUUAGUAUUAUUAUUACAGUAGAAUUUCAUUGGCGCAAGUAUGAGAAAACUUAAUAUACUAGGCAAGAACGAAGACCAACGUCUCGAAUUGUUUUAAAAUAAACUUGCUGUGGAUUGGAGGGUUAAAAUAUCGGCAUUUCUUCAUAUAAAUUGGUCAGUCUGAUUACGGAUUAAUGGUAGUCCUUUAAUAUUCUGCUUUAAUCCAUGAAAGUUCAAGUGUGAGCUAUACCUUCUUCAAGUUAUGCUCAAAACAUGUUUAGUAUCCAUUUACCGAUAUUGGGGGGAGAGACGUAGUCCAGUGGUAAAGCACUUGCUUGAUGCGCGGUUGGUUUGGGUCGAUCUCCGUCAUUGGGCCCCAUUAGGCCAUUUCUCGCUCCAGCCAGUGCACCACGACUGGUACAUCAAAGACCAUGGUAUGUGCUAACCUGUCUAUAGGAUGGUGCAUAUACAAGAUCCCUUGCUGUAAUCGAAAAAGAGUAGCCCAUGAA